UUAGAGAAGCCCCAUACAUUUACAACUCUUUUUGUGGAGUGGGGUUGCAAAUAGCCUCUAGAGGUCAUCGAUGGCUGUUUUCAUGAUGGUUCUUGGCCUGUUUUUCGUGAUGCUCUGUUCCUGCACUGCCCUGCUCAGGUGGAAUGAAGUCAGAUACAGGAAGAAAGGUCUUCCCCCUGGCACAAUGGGUUGGCCUGUCUUUGGUGAAACCACUGAGUUUCUCAGGCAAGGUCCAAACUUCAUGAAGAACCAUAGAGCAAGGCAUGGAAGUUUUUUCAAAUCCCAUAUUCUGGGUUGUCCUACAAUUGUUUCCAUGGAUCCAGAGCUGAACAGAUACAUUCUGAUGAAUGAAGCAAAAGGGCUGGUUCCUGGCUACCCUCAAUCCAUGCUUGAUAUCUUAGGCAAAUGUAACAUUGCAGCAGUCCAUGGCUCCACCCACAAGCACAUGAGAGCAGCUCUGCUGGCCCUCGUUUGCCCUACCAUGAUCAAGGACCGACUCUUGCCCAAAAUAGAUGACUUUAUGAGAACCCACCUCAGCAGUUGGGAUAACAAAGUCAUUGACAUUCAUCAAAAGACCAAAGAGAUGGCACUUCUUUCCUCACUCAAGCAAAUUGCCGGGAUUGAAUCAAGCUCUAUAGCUCAGCAACUCAUUCCUGAGUUCUUUAAACUGGUUAUAGGAACCCUGUCUCUUCCUAUUAACCUUCCCGGCACAAAUUACCGGCGAGGAUUGCGGGCAAGGAAAAAUCUUGUAGGGAUACUAAGAGAACUGUUAGAGCAGAGGAGAGCUUCUGAAGAAUCCCACCAGGACAUGCUUGAAGGACUAAUGAGAAAAGAUGAUAAUAGAUACAAGCUAACUGAUGAUGAGAUAAUUGAUCAGAUCAUCACAAUUAUGUAUUCUGGUUACGAGACUGUUUCGACUACUUCCAUGAUGGCAGUCAAGUACCUCCAUGAUCAUCCAAGAGUUCUUGAAGAACUAAGAAAAGAGCAUAUGGAAAUUAGAGGGAGAAAAAGGGCUGAAGAUCCUAUUGAAUGGAAUGAUCUUAAAUCAAUGAGAUUCACUCGUGCGGUAAUUUUUGAGACCUCAAGAUUGGCUACAAUUGUGAAUGGAGUUCUGAGGAAAACUACAGAGGAAAUGGAACUGAAUGGAUUUGUGAUUCCUAAAGGCUGGAGGAUAUACGUGUAUACGAGGGAGAUUAAUUAUGAUCCAUUUCUGUAUCCUGAUCCUUUAGCUUUUAAUCCAUGGAGAUGGCUGGAUAGGAGCUUGGAGUCUCAGGGUAACUUCUUUAUAUUUGGAGGAGGCACCAGAAUGUGUCCAGGGAAGGAACUAGGAAUAGCAGAGAUUUCUACUUUCCUUCACUACUUUGUGACUAGAUACAGGUAAAAAUCUACAUCUCUGAAUAAAUUGCAAAAACACCCCUUGAGUUUUGGUGAAAAUACAAAUUAAUCUAAAGAUAAUGAAAACAUACACCAUCACUCCCAACUCCCCUUGGUAACUUUUAGAUGGUGAUGAUGUAACUUUUCAAAAUCUUCGAACCAGUGUAUUUUCUAGCCGAAACUGGGGGGAUUAUAAUUAACAAAAAAACUUCAACCAGUCUACCAAAGGAAAAUGUUGCAGAAGAAAGAAAUUUUGACUUAAAUUGGAAGUUGUAUUUUUACUGCAGCUGGAAAGAAGUUGGGGAAGAUAAAUUGAUGAGAUUUCCAAGGGUGGAGGCACCAAAUGGACUGCACAUCAGAGUCUCAUCUUCCUGACCACACCAGUGGUACUGUACAAGGAGAGAUAUAGCAUAGGGCAAAGGGAUAAGGAUGUACAAUAAUGUUGCUAACAUAUUAAAAAAAAAAAAAAAAAAGAAUAAUGAGAAUGACAUUGAAAAAAAAAAAAAAAAAAAGAAUAAUGAGAAUGACAUUGAAGUCUUUCCAAUUUCAGGUUAUUGGUAUUGACUGUUAUUCUGGGGGAACAAAGAGCAUUUUCCCAAAUGAAAGAAUGCUUUCCAACAUAGAACCUUAUCUGAGUUCUUUAAUCCCAUAUACAAAUAAUAGAAGAAACAUGUACUGUCCAAGAAUAUAAAAUUAAACAGUACACCUAUUA